GCAACUUUGAGUUGUCUGUAGUUGUCAACGUGUAUCAACAAUACGAUUAUUAUUGUUAUUUUUUUUAUACUUCAAUAUGAUUAACAAUCAAAUUAUAAUCUGUAUUAUUUUAUCAGUGAUUAGCUUUUCAAAUGGAUUCUACAUAGCAAUAGAUGCUCAUGCAGAGGAAUGUUUUUUUGAAAAUGUCAAAAUAGGAACCAAAAUGGGCUUAAUGUUUGAGGUGGUUGAAGGAGGAUUUCUUGACAUUGAUGUUAAAAUAACUGGUCCUGAUAGUAAAGUGGUUCAUCAAGAGGAAAGAGUCUCAUCCGGUAAAUAUACGUUUGCUGCUCACAUGGAUGGUGUUUACAAUUAUUGUUUCAGUAACAGAAUGUCAACCAUGACUCCAAAAGCUGUAAUGUUUUCACUAGACAUUGGAGAGCCACCUAAACCUGAGGCUUCCGAUAAUGAUACAAGUCACAAUAAGCUGGAAGAUAUGAUAAAAGAACUUUCAUCUGCAUUAAUCAGUGUUAAACAUGAACAGGAAUACAUGGCUGUUCGUGACAGGAUUCACAGAUCCAUCAAUGAAUCAACAAACUCUAGAGUUGUUUUAUGGGCCUUCUUUGAAGCCAUCGCUCUUUCUGCUAUGACAUUGGGUCAAGUAUUUUACCUCAAACGGUUCUUUGAGGUUAGAAGGGUUGUUUAAAAUUUUUACAAAGAGAUAAAUGUUUUCAUAUAUAACAAAAGAGGAAAAUAAACAAAAAAGUUUAACAUCAACAGUUAAUUCUGAUUGUAAACUGGAACAACAUGA